UCGAUAGCUUGUUGCUGGUUGUAAUAGUCUUAAAUAAUUUCGCAAUUCGGAAGCAUAAGUGUAACGUCCCUGUAACAUCCGUGUAGCCUAUUGAAAGAAUUUGUUUUCUGAGUAAAACAGAAGAAUUCGAAGAAGAACUGGGAAUAUCAACGAGAGAGAGAGAUCAAUACCCAGGCAGGAGUGGUAAAGAGUGCAAACUGCAAGAUCUUUUGACAAGUUAAACUUUAGAAUAGUGAUUGAAGAAACAUAGCAAUUGACAUAUAUUUCUACAAUUAAUCAAUUCAAUAAUUGAUAAUCGAUCACAGAAAAAGAAAAAUGGCUGAGGAUUCAACAAAGCACGUUGUGUUUUUGAUUCUUGGAGUCAUAGGCUUCGGCCUCCUUCUUGUAGUUAUUUUGGUACCAAUUAGUUUUGUAGGACUUGAAUAUUAUGAGAUGGGAUUUAAGAGACAGAAAUCAACUGGAACAGUUAAAACCGAUAAAGUCUACGAAGGCGGCAAGCAUUUUAUUGGUCCAGAUUAUGAAUUUAAAGUAUUCCGCUCAGAUGCUCAUUUUGUUACCUUAACCGAUGUCUCUGUUUUCACUUUGGAUAAAUUAGAGGUAGACCUAGAUAUUUCGUUCCAGUAUUUCCUGCGACCAGAUCAACUCUCUUUAUUACACAGUCAGUAUGAUAUUUACUAUAAGAAUAUCAUGAAAACCAGUGCCACUGAUGCCUUAAAGGGUCAAGCUCCUAAUUACAGCACUAGACAGUAUAUUAGUGAAAGGAACACUGUAGAGGAGGCCAUGUUUAAAGCUGUCAGAGAGAGGCUAGGAGGAAAAUGUUGUGCAAAAGACUGCUCUAAACAUAAACAUGCAUGUCCUCCAGGAUGUAAACCUGCCUCUUCCUGUGACUUGGCAGAUAAAGGUUUGUUUGUGGAUGUCAAAUAUUUCCAACUAAAAUCUGUUAAUAUACCCGGAGACGUCGAGGAAAGAUUUCUCAAGGCCUUAACUUUACGAGAAGAGGCUGAUAAAGAACAUUUAUUGCAAGAGGCUCAAGUUGUUCGUAAAAAUACCGAAGCUGAGGUUCAACGCCGAAAGAAUCAGGCCAUUGAAAUAAGUCAAAAUGCCACAGCCCAGUCUCAACUUCUGGAGGCCAUCUCACAGGCUAACUACACAGCAACUAUAGAAAAGGCAAGAAGCAGUGGAUUAAAGCAACUAUACACCACACUGGGUAUUACCGAUCAGAAUAUUAAAAACAGUUUUGACUAUCUUCGCACCUUGCAAGGCCUUGAAAAUGUCCAUCUUACAGUGGACUUCCAGCAGCGUAUCGCAGGCACCUUAUAAUAUUUCAGAUACUCAACCAUUCAAAAUAAACUUAAUUUUGAAACACAAAUAGAAGAAGACAUUAUUAAAAACUUUCAAUUUUUUAUGAAAUUAUUGCGAGUGGUGGAGAUGCCAGUAAUUGCAACGAAUAUUUUCAUGGAUAAUAUGAAUAAUUAAUAAUAUUAUUGGAGUUCUCAGGAGUAUUCAUCAAUAUUUUAACCCUUUAAAGCUUCAUACACAUAAAUAAGAAUUAUGUGAUUUUCAAGCAGCGUUCAUAAAUGUUAAUUUAAGAAGAAAAUUGUUUUAUCGUAAUGGGGAAUAGAUAAAUGUGUUUGUCUCAGAAGUUACAGAAUCACUGUAAACCAUUAAAAAUUCAGUCUAAGCAGAUAAUAUAUAAAACAAAAAUCUUGUGCAAUUUAAUAUAAAAUUACUUGUGAGUUUUGCUUUAUUAUAAUCCUUUAAAAGUACAAUAUAUUUUAAGGAGUUUUAAUUGCUAUUGAAUAAAGAACAAGUGCGAUAUAAUUAUUGCCUUAAUUUACAUAUAAUUUAUAACAUGUUUUAUACUGACACUAAUUUUAUCCAGUUUAAGAACUUUUGAAUUUUUCUGACAUUCAAAUUAUCUGAUUGAUACAGAUGCUGCAGUAGGACAUAAAGUAAUAUAUAUGGCCACCUAUAAGAGAACUUGGUAGUCUAUAAACUAACUGAUUAGACAACAGAUACAAAUUAUUAUCUGAGAUAGUAUUUUACAUUCGUUUUUAUAUUAAUAGAAUUCACAUAACUUUGUAGUCUAUAAACCAGUUGAAUAGACAGCAGAAAAAAAAUUAUUAUCUGAGAUAGUAUUUUACAUUUGUUUUUAUAUUAAUAGAAUUUGCAUAAUCUGUUAUUAAUGUUAACUUUUUUUCAUAAUUAUUUUAGUAUCUUCAUGUACUAAGAGAAACAAAUUUGUAUUUCUUAAAGAUACAUUAUGGGAGAUUUUAAUAGAGAGUUGGCCAUUCUUGCUAUAACAGUUCAAAAAUAGAUGAUGAAACAAGAAUAUAUUGAAAAUUUCAGUCAAAUUACUUUAUUCUGAACAAAGUUAUCACCAUUGUAAUUUUUGACUAGAAAUAGGAGUCAACUCUCUCUUCACCGUCUCCGAGAAUGGACGAUCGUUUGAUUGACAGGCGUUAACUCCACCUUCAUAAUCUCGAUUAUCAAGUAACGUUUUCAAUGGCUGUGGUUUGAGACGGGGUUGCAAUUCAAUUCGUAUCACAUUUAUUUUUACUACAAAUUAAAAAUAAGACUUUUAAUAUAUAGAUAAGAAGCGAAAGUUUGAAAGGAAUGGACCAAAUCAAUGAGGCAUAAUUAUAGCUGACUUCUUGUUAGCCUGCGUGUACUCUUGUACUGUAACUGGUAGGUCUGCGUAACUCCCGAACAGUGAUCCAAUGGAGCUGCAAUUCAACUGAGGUGAUGUUAGCUGCAAUGUUUAUCAAUUUCUAUAAUUUUUCUGUAAACGCAAGUGACAAAAGAGCGUAGCCUAUAAUACCGACAUCCAAACUCUCAUUUUAACCACAACUAAACAUAAUAUCAAGGCCGUAUAUAUCGCACUUUCAAUCAAAUUGACUGACAUGCGGCCUCGCUUCGUACAAUCUAUCGUUUAGCCUCGAUCUAAAAUUAUUUCUGGGAGUAUGACGUCAAUGUAACGGUUAAUCUCCGCUUACGACGCCAUUUAAAAAUUUAAUCAAUCAACGAAAUCCUGUUUAAAUCCAAGCCGAAUCCAAGCCAUCCGUGGGUCUUGUUGUGUAAAUAAAGAUCUAAUUUAUAAUUUCUAUGAAGUCUAAAUAAAGACUUGGAAUAAUCAGAUUUAGCUCUUGCAUAAUGUAUGUUUAAUGAUAUAUUGGGUAAUAAUGAACUUCAUCGUUUACUGAACAUAAAUUACUUUCUGGUUUAUUCUAUAUUAUCACUAAGUAUGCAUUACUUUUUUUAUUAUAUUUAUCACUAAGUAUAGAUUACUUUCUGAUUUAUUAUAUAUUAUCACUAAGUAUACAUUACUUUUUUUUUUAUUAUAUAUUAUCACUAAGUAGAAAUUACUUUCUGGUUUAUUAUAUAUUAUCACUAAGUAUAGAUUACUUUCUGGUUUUAUUAUGUAUUAUCACUAAGUAGAAAUUACUUUUUGGUUUAUUAUAUAUUAUCACUAAAUAAACAUUAACUAUGUGGUUAAUAGUAUUUAUCCUUAAGAUAGAUAUGACAUUGUGUAUGUUAGUCAUUGUUGGGUAUCUCUUUUGAAUUUUUUAUAGAAUGAGAAUUUACACUAUGCAGCUGUCUCUCAGGGAAUUUAUUUCACAAAAUAAUGCUUGAAAAAUUUGAUUAAAUUUUUUACUCUUUUGGUUCCUUUAAAGAUUAUUUUUCAUUAAAUCAUGUAGUUAAUGAAUAAAAUUGUUAGUUUUGAGUUCUUUAAACUACAAAUUUUUAUUUAUGGAUAUUAUUUUUUUUAUUACAUAAUAUAAUAUAUCUUUUUUUUAGAUGGUUGCUUAAAAGAUCUUUUUAAAGUUUUGAAACAACAUUCUUGGCAUGACAGAAUUUACAUUGCCAAUUUUAAUACAUGCCAAUCGGAUUUUAUAAAAUUUGGUUCAUAUUAAUGCUGUGAAAUUGAUUAUUCAAUGAGUAUGUCCAUGAGUAGAUUAAAUAGUUUUCAUAUUUUGUGGGAUAGUUUUUAAUAUUCCAUAAAAAUACAUGUUGUGUUCAUGAAAGUCCAUAGAAAAGACCAGUUGCAAACUUAUUUUUAUCCUUAUAAUAACUUGUUUGGUUUUAGUGUUCUAAUUAUAUUGCACUGUGAUACAUUUUUGUAUGACUAUAUAUCUUUUUUUCAUGUUUUGAUGUUUCAUUUUGUUUUACACUGACCGCUGUAUAAAUUGAAAGUACAAGGUACAUAAAGCCACUGAUCGGCAUUUGUAUUUUUGGGGAAAUAUCUCAUUUUUCGGGAAGUUUAAUCCAUUCUAAAUUGUACUAAGAUUGAUUAUUUAACAUUUAAUUAAGAAAAUAAAAUAUAAUUAUCAAAGGAUAAUCGCCCGGGUUGGAUUCAGUUGUCAUUAAAAAGAGACCCAUCAAAGAUUUUCGUAGAGAUUGUAAGUGGCUCUGGCUUUUUGACAUCUUCCUGUUUAUUGUCUGUGGGACGUGCCAAAAGUUGACACAUUUUCAAUCCCUCAUUAUCUUUGACUUGAACCAUUUUUGAACUGAUGUCCCUUUAGAGAUCCAACUUUCACAAUAUUGUAGUUUGUAUGGGAUUAAAGAUCCUUCAAAUGACAAUCAAAGACUUUAACAUUGUAAUGGAUGGUUAAUUUGGAGUGAUCUGAAUUUGUGUCUCAGAUCUUGGAAUUCAAAUUAACAUAAUAUUGAAUAAUUGAUUUAAUUUGACCUUCCAAUCCUUGAUCCCAUUUUAGAUCACACCAUUACAGAAAGCGGUAAAUUGAGUAACUUAACUUUAUGUAUUUUAUAAAUCUUGCAAUAUAUUUCAUUCAUGAUAUAGCUCAGUCUUUCCCUGUCUUAUUCAGAAUAAAAAGGUUUUUCAUUAUAUAAAUAUGAAUUUUAAAGAUUCUUGUAUAUGAAAUGUUAUAUAAAUUAUAUAAUCCUUUUAUGUAAUUUGCUCAACUAUUUUAUAUUCUUUUAAUAAUGUCUAAAUUAUACCCCUUUAAAUCCAUUUGUGUCAAUUUUCAAUAAAAUUUUAU